AAUGACUAUGAUAAUUUAUUUUAUUACAAGUAGCACAAAGCAUUUGAUGGUACCAUGAGUUCUGUCUCUGAAAGUGAAGAAAAAUCACCCUUCUUCAGUUUAGCCUCCAUAAUUACUUCAAUAUUUUUGCAAACAGUAAGAUCUCUUUUUGCAUUGGUUCAACUUCCUAUUCUACCAUCAUUGGAGCCAAACCCCUUUUCAUUAUUAUUCACUGUUCAAAACAAUAAUCAUCAAUGAAACUUUUAUAGGCAUCUUAGAGUUCCCUUUAAGAUUCCAACCUUGACAAAAUUUUCUUGGAAUAUCACACCCCUUUCUCAUGUUAUCUUCUGCAAAUGGUCUUGUGAUCACUUUCAUAAAGAAUAUUAUUCUUUGCAGUGCCUGUUACCUUUUCUUGGUUAACUUUGUGAGAACAAUUAUAGCUGUUUCCUUUUUCAUACUAUUUACUUGAUAUUAUUAAUUAUGAUCACACCAACAACCCACGUAAGCAACCUCAAAGACCCUUCCUUUUCUUUGUUGUGCUCUUGUGAAACUCUAUAUAUUUAAUUGCACAGUGUUCUACAAGAAUUUCCCAAGUAGUUCAAUUUCAAUUUAACCCUUUAAUUUAUUAUUGGUCUCGUAUGUUGUCUUCAUGUGUAUGCUUUAGUGCUUUUCUACAUUUCUUACAUGUGGGUAUUUUGGUUCUCUUUGUACUUGUCCGUUCUGCUGUAUAAGUUUUUGGUAUUCCUCACACAAGUUCAGUUUUCAUUACUCUUUAUUGUGCUGCAUCAGUUCUAUCCUCAAUUACUUUGCUUCCCUUUCACUUUUGCAGUCUUUAGUUUCAGUGUGUGAGGUUGAGUUGAGUUGAUUUGGUUUUUGUUCUUCUAAGUUUUGUUAAAAGUUGUUAAGGUUCUUUAAAUCAUUAGUGCUUAGCCUUUGAAUCUUCUCAAUGCCUCCUACAUACUUUCCUCUUCGUUGGGAGAGUACUGGGGACCAAUGGUGGUAUGCAUCACCAAUAGAUUGGGCUGCAGCUAAUGGCCACUAUGACUUGGUUCGUGAGUUGCUUAGAAUUGACAGCAAUCACCUCUUCAAGCUCACUUCAUUGCGCCGAAUUCGGCGCCUUGAAGUGGUGUGGGAUGAUGAAGAACAAUUCAAUGAUGUUGCAAAGUUUAGGUGUCAAGUGGCACAUAAGCUGCUCCUUGAGUGUGAAUCCAAGAGGGGGAAGAAUUCUCUCAUCACUUCAGGCUAUGGUGGAUGGCUAAUGUACACUGCUGCCUCGGCCGGGGACUUGGGAUUUGUUCAAAUUCUUCUUGAGAGGAACCCUUUGUUGGUUUUUGGUGAAGGAGAGUAUGGUGUCACUGAUAUUCUUUAUGCUGCUGCCAGGAGCAAGAAUUGUGAGGUUUUCAGGCUGCUAUUUGAUUUUGCAGUUUCACCGAGGUUUCUAACAGGAAAAGGUGGGAUAAUGGAGGAGCAUAUUGGGGACAUUCCUUCCGUUUACAGGGGGGAGAUGACCAACAGGGCUGUUCAUGCUGCUGCUAGAGGAGGUAAUCUCAAGGUUUUGGAGGAGCUUCUUGCCAAUUGCUCUGAUGUUUUGGCUUAUAGAGAUGCUGAGGGAUCAACUAUUUUACAUGCAGCUGCAGGCAGAGGGCAGGUUGAGGUAGUGAAAUAUCUUACAUCAUCCUUUGACAUGAUCAACUCGACAGACCAUCAAGGCAACACUGCUUUGCAUGUGGCUGCAUUCAGGGGCCAAUUAGCUGCAGCUGAAGCUCUGGUCUCUUCAUUUCCCACAUUGAUCUCUCUCAGAAACAACACUGGAGAAACUUUUCUCCAUAAAGCUGUGUCUGGUUUUCAAUCUCCUGCAUUCCGAAGAUUGGACCGACAGGUUGAGCUUUUGAGGAAGUUACUUUGUCUGAAGAACUUUCAGGUAGAGGAUAUUAUCAAUGUAAAGAACAACGAUGGUAGAACUGCUCUUCACAUGGCCAUCAUAGGAAACAUUCACACUGAUCUUGUGCAACUUUUGAUGACUGCUCCAUUAAUAAAUGUGAAUAUUUGUGAUGUUGAUGGCAUGACUCCUCUUGAUUACCUUAGGCAACACCCAAAUUCUGCAUCAUCAGAUAUACUAAUAAAAAAGUUGAUCUCAGCUGGGGGAAUGUUUGGUUGUCAAGGUUAUAGUUCAAGAAAAGCCAUUGCUUCACACUUGAGAAUGCAAAGCAUUGGAAGUAGUCCAGGGACAUCUUUUAGAAUCUCAGACACUGAAAUAUUUUUGCACACUGGCAUUGAGAAUGUAUCAGAUGCUAGUGCUGAUCACGGAAGUGGAGGAGUAAGUUCAUCUUCAUCAGAACACGUUCCAUAUGACCCCAAUGCCAUCGGGAAUCGGAUCUCAACCAUUAGUAAAAGGCCAAGUUCUGUAAACUAUGCAGCAGCAAAGUUGAAAAGGGCCCUUCAGUGGCCUAAGGUGAAGGACAAGAAAUCUGAAGGAUUCAAAAAGUCUUUAGAUGAGGGUUCAGUGGAAUCAUUCAAGAAAUGGACUAAUAGUUGUGAUGAAACUCCAACUCCACUUAGACAAAGAUUUUCAAAUUCUAGGCCAUCCUCACUUCCCAACAACAAAAGAACUCUAUCUGUGAGGAGUCAACAGUCAAGUCCAAAUGCAAAGAAGAGAUUUGCUUCAGGACUAGUGCAUGGAGUUAUGCAAUCCACGCCACAUGCAAAGGUUUCAGGCAGAUCUAGGUCUAGUUCCUUUUCAAAGUCAUCAAUUUCUUCACCUAGAUCAAUAGACAAGCAAAAGGGUAUUUACAUUGACAAUAAUGACAUUGCUGGGCCAUCUUGCUCAAGUCAAGUACCACCACCUGAUGAUGGAUCCCCAAAGUUGGUAAAGAGAACUUCUGUUGGUAAGAAGUUGAGGGGCCACUAUUUCUGUUUUGGCACACCUGGCAUUAAUGUCAAAAACUCAGUUCACAGGCAGCAAGAAAGCCAGGCUUACAAGGCUCAUGCUGUUGCAGUGGCAUAAUUGGUGGGCCUUAAUUAUUUCCUGACCAAGCUAAUGUAAAAUAAGGAGGGGAAAAGAAACUUGAUCACUGUGAAACUGCCCUUAUAAGUUUGCUAGGAGAGGGUUCCUUAAGUUUUAUAGAUUAUGUUUUGUUACUUAAGAUUAGCUCAUCCUUAACCACUUGUUAAUGGAAAACUCGUGUUAAAAUAUUCCUCUUAUCAUGUUGGCAACAAAUUAGCGCAAUUUGGUGCCUAGUAAUGUGAGAAUUAGCAUUACCAAUGUACUUA